UCAAAGUUCUCGUCAAGAUGGUCGUCUUUAAACGGGAUCAACUGAAAACCUAUGUGGUGGUGGGCGCCUUUCUAGGCCUCUGUUGCUGGGUAGCUGUUCUGCAAACGAGAUAUGAAAGCAGGAUAAAGCAACUUGAAGAAGAGGGAAGUGUUCGGGUGAAACGUAGUGCCGGAUCCUCUGGUCAAACUGCAGCUGGUGGCGCUACAUACAUUCGCUGGGGUCGUACAGUUUGUCCUGCUGAUGCAGAACUUGUGUAUGCAGGUUAUGGAGGGGCUCAGCACUAUACCCAUGUAGGUGGCUCUGCCGAGUAUAUCUGUGUAUCCGACAAACCAGAAUACGCCUCGAAGACGGCUGCAUGGGAAACCGAUCAGGCAUGGCUGUACGGAAUCGAACUCCAAGUAUCCGGCACGAACUUCUUUAGCACUGCUAACGCUGAUCCGAAUGGGCUCCAUGAUUCCGAUAUCCGAUGUGCAGUGAUGAUUCCAGGAACAAAGUCAUGCCCAAGUAACUGGCAGAAGGAGUACUGGGGCUACCUGAUGACGGGACAUUACCAACACAAGGCUUCCUACAGCUACGCGUGCGUGGAUGACGCACCAGAAGCUGGGGGUGAAAAUGGCUCCAGGAAUGAUAACGGAGGAAUGAUGUACCACGCACAGGGUGCGUGUGGCUCUCUGCCAUGCCCUCCGUACGUCCACGGCUUCGAGAUGACAUGUGUUGUUUGCACAAAAUAG